CAAACUUGAAUUUUUAAUGUUAAUUGAGUACAGUUGUUAGAUUGACACUACUACGUAUUUACUUGUACAAAAAGCUUUUUUGAGAGUAUAGUAAUUAUAAAAAGCGCGAAACCCACAGUGAGAUAAUCUUUUUUAUUUUUGUUCCGGGUAUCAUUUCCAACAGGUCAUGAUUAUGGGGGGAUUAAUAAAUAGAGUACAAUAUACGAUGAGCAAUACAGCACUUCCCUCAGUUCUUGUGCUCAGUCCCUCGUUUGUUCAGCAGACAUAAGCAGGGACCGUCGUCCCUACCCCUCAAAAUACAGUAUUUUGUAACCCACCAGCAAAGAUGUUUACUGUGAUGUGUACCCACCGCCUCUUUUAAUAUCCCCCACCCUCUCUCUUCUGAAAGACAUCAACUUUUUGAGGCUAUCUCCUCAUCUCUCUACCUAGAUUUCUCUGGCUUCAGUUGAGUCACAUUUUGCCUCUGUUCUCUGCUAGCAACAAAAGCAAAACUAAAAAAAAAAAAGACAAAUGAUUAUGAAUGAAAUUCAUUAAGCCCCUUUAUCUUUAUGUUUGUGGGUUUCCCCACUUUUUUUUAUGUGAAUUAAACGUUGACAAACUUCAUAUCUCAAUGCCCUUUUAGUAGUUCUUUAGUGCCUCUCCCAGAUCUACCUCCACCCAACCUAAAAGUCUAAUCUCUUUUUUUUCCUAGUAGUUUUUGGACUGAACAAAAAAUGAGCAAGGAAGAGUUCUUGAAGAUCCAGACUUGUGCUCUAAAAGUAAAUAUACACUGUGAAGGCUGUAAGAAUAAAGUGAAGAAAAUCUUGCAGAGGAUUGAAGGUAUAUUCUUAUAUCAAGACUCAUACAAGUAUAUCAUUAAUUGAUAUUCCCUAUUAUAUUUACUCAAAUUAGCAAUUUUAUGAGUGAUUUCUCGUUUUUUUUGCUUGCAACUUAUAAUCAAAAUUAAUUUUCUUGAUGUCUGGGUUAACUGUUGAAAAAGGACUGAAUUUUGAAGGUUUUUGUUCUGAAAAUUCGGGUGUAUGUUUAUGUUCUGCUACAGGGGUUUAUACUAUAGGUAUCGAAUCAGAAUCGGGCAAGGUCACAGUUUCUGGAAAUGUAGACCCUUCUACUCUGAUCAAUAAGCUGAGGAAGAAGGGCAAGCACGCGGAGUUAUGGGUUAGCCCAAAGGCGAAAAACAAUCCUAAUCAGUUCCUCGAUCAGUUCAAGAAUAUGCAAAUCGGAAAUAACAGUAAAGGCGGGAAUGACAACAAGGGGAAGGGCGUAAAAGGGAACAAUGACAUCAACAAUCAGAUGCAGAUCAAAGGUGGAAAUCUUGGAAUGCCAAAUCCCCAGCAGCUUCAGCAGCUGAAGGCUCUUCAGGAUUUAAAGAUGCAUCCUCAAUUCAAGGACAUGAAGAUGCCCAUGAAUGCGGGUGGUGGUGGUUUUGGCGGUGGUGAUGGUAAUGGAGGCAACAACCCCAAGAAUGUCAAGUUUGACAUGCCUGAUGAGGAUGAUGAUUUUACCGAUGAUGAUGACUAUGAUGAUGAUGACUAUGAUGACGAUGAUGAAGAAGAUGAUGAAGACGAUGAUGACGAUUUUGAAGAAAAAAUGGAUAACAUGCCUCCCAAUAAGAUGAAGCUUGCGAUGGAUAACAGCGGUGGCAGUGGUGGUGGUCAAAUGCCAAAAAUGAUGCAAUUCAUGAAUGGGAGGAAAGAUGGAGGUGGUGGUGGUGGAAUGAUGCCUCAGAUGGGCAUGGGAGGAGGUGGCAACAAGGGUGGCAAUGGUUUUGCGCCACCCAAUCUUAGCAGCAAAAGUAUUAUUGGUGGGCAUCAUCAAGAAGGAAAGAAUGUAGGUGGUCAGAAUAAGAGCACUAAUGGUGGCCAUGCUAGCAGUAAUGGUGGAGGUAACAAGGGAAAUGGAAAUAAGGAUGGACCUCCAAGCAUGCAAGAGAUGAUGGCAAUGAAAACCGGCUUUCCUAACAUGGGGCCAAUGGGGAACACCAACAUGUCCAUGGGCCGAACAGGUCAUAACAUGGGCGAUAUGAGUAAUAAUCUCCAAAUGGGCCGAUACCCAGCAGUCCAAGGCUUACCUGCACCAGGUAUGAACUCUGCCAGCAGCGGCAAUAACGGGGGUUACUUUCAGGCAGCCAGGCCCGAGAUUCUGGCAGGGAAUGCCUACCAACAACCCCAAAUGCCCGCGAUGAUGAUGAACCAGCAGCUGGAGCACCAGCCGAUGAUGUACCACCCUCCACAGCCACAACCAAUGAACUACAUGCACCACCAGUCUUACCCGUACUAUCCCUACCCCCCACCUCUGAUAAGUACCAACUAUGGCUCCACGUCGUCCGUCAAUGAUGACGAGAGCCCUUCAGCUUGUAUAGUUAUGUGAUCAAGUCCCAGCCAAAUUAGCUGAUGAGGUGCUGCUGGAGGUUGGUUAUAUUGGCUGAAGUGGUAGUGUGACAAAUAGUUCAACUACUUGCUAAUCUGUUGAUCUGCCAUAAUACACAAGCCAGAGAUAUGAAUAUAAUGUUCCAUUUGCUGCUUAGUUUUCUCUUUCGUUCCCCAUUUCUUUUCCCUAAAAGUCCCUUUCAAUAUCAGUAUAUAGAGUUCAAGUUUAGAGGCAUUUGAUGGGCAUGUAAGUGGGAGAUGUUUGUACAUGUAACUUGGAAACCAUAUAAUUAUAGAAAUAAAUAUUUGCUGGAGGUUUCGCUAAAACAUACUCUAGUUAGUGAAUUUCACUUUAUCUGAUACUUAAUUAUCACA